AUGACAAGCAAGCCAAGUCUGCUCAACAAAAUAACCAGUGCACCAAGUCACCCUCACUCAGCCACAAGAGGGCCAGUCAACCCCAUCACAAUGACAAAGAGGGCCAAGUCACCCCACUUAAUAACCAGAGCACCAAGUCACCCUCACUCAGCCACAAGAGGGCCAAUCAAACCCAUCACAAUGACAAAAAGGGGCAAGUCACCCCACUUAAUAACCAGAGCACCAAGUCACCCUCACUCAGCCACAAGAGGGCCAAUCAACCCCAUCACAAUGACAAAGAGGGCCAAGUCACCCCACUUAACAACCAGAGCACCAAGUCACCAUCACUCAGCAACAAGAGGGCCAAUCAACCCCAUCACAAUGACAAAGAGGGCCAAGUCACCACACUUAAUAACCAGAGCACCACCAAGUCACUAUCACUCAGCCACAAGAGGGCCUAAUAUAACCAGAGCACCAAGUCACCCUAAAUCAGACACAAGAGGGCCAAUCAAACCCAUCACAAUGACAAAAAGGGCCAAGUCACCCCACUUAAUAACCAGAGCACCAAGUCAACCUCACUCAGCCACAAGAGGGCCAAUCAAACCCAUCACAAUGACAAAAAGGGGCAAGUCACCCCACUUAAUAACCAGAGCACCAAGUCAACCUCACUCAGCCACAAGAGGGCCAAUCAAACCCAUCACAAUGACAAAAAGGGGCAAGUCACCCCACUUAAUAACCAGAGCACCAAGUCACCCUCAAUCAGCCAAAGAGGGCCAAUCAACCCCAUCACAAUGA